CACUCCCACCAAUCGUCCAACUCAUUCUUAAUCACAUAAUUCAGAAAUAUGUCAGUUUAGUAAUGUUCCAAUUUAAUGUUAUUUAUUAGUUAGACAGUGCAUCUAAAAGACAUCAAAAUGUUUAGUUUUUUAAAAAGGGAUGAUAAACAGGAGGUCUACGCCGGCGUUCUGGAUGGACUGAAGAAGAUUUAUAAAACCAAAUUGUUACCCCUCGAAGAAACAUACCAUUUCCAUGAUUUCCAUUCACCAAAACUGGAAGACUCCGAUUUCGAAGCGAAACCUAUGAUAUUGUUGGUCGGACAAUAUUCCACAGGUAAAACUACUUUUAUUAAAUAUUUAUUGGAAAGGGACUUCCCUGGCAUUCGAAUUGGGCCUGAACCCACAACCGAUAGGUUUAUUGCUGUUAUGUAUGAUGAGAAGGAGGGUGUGAUACCCGGUAAUGCGUUAGUGGUUGAUCCUAAGAAACAAUUUCGUCCGUUGUCGAAGUUCGGCAACUCCUUCUUAAACCGUCUGCAGUGUUCAACAGUUGAUUCGCCAGUACUACAAAACAUUUCGAUCAUUGACACCCCUGGUAUUUUGUCCGGAGAAAAGCAACGAGUGGACAGGGGGUACGAUUUCACGGGCGUUCUAGAAUGGUUUGCCGAAAGGGUUGAUAGAAUUAUUUUACUUUUUGACGCCCAUAAGCUGGACAUAAGCGAUGAGUUCAGGAGAUCCAUCGAGGCACUCCGAGGGCACGACGAUAAAAUACGUAUUGUUCUAAACAAAGCCGACAUGGUCGACCAUCAACAGCUCAUGCGGGUGUACGGGGCACUCAUGUGGAGUCUGGGUAAAGUCCUGCAAACGCCCGAAGUGGCCAGAGUGUACAUCGGUUCGUUCUGGGACCAGCCGCUCAGGUUUGACACGAACCGAAGACUUUUCGAAGAUGAGGAACAAGACUUAUUCAAAGACUUGCAGUCGUUGCCUCGGAAUGCCGCUCUGAGAAAACUCAAUGACUUAAUUAAACGUGCCAGACUGGCCAAAGUUCACGCUUAUAUAAUAUCCGAACUGAGGAAAGAGAUGCCCAGCAUGUUUAAAAAGGACUCCAAGAAAAAGGAGCUGAUUAAAAAUCUGAGCACCAUCUACGAGAAACUCCAAAAGGAGCACCAGAUUUCGAUGGGCGACUUCCCCGAAGUCAAGAAAAUGCAGGACAUAUUGGGCAACCAAGAUUUCGCCAAGUUCCAGCCGCUGAAACCCAAACUGCUGGAAAUAGUGGACAAAAUGUUGUCGGAAGAUAUUAGCACACUCAUGACGAAAAUUCCUUUGGAAGACGAGAGCACAAAUAACACACAGAAGCUCAAAGGCGGCGCCUUUGUGAACGUCGAAGACAAAGUGUCGCCGUUCGGCUACAAGAGAGGCGAAGGCAUCGACGCCGGAGCCGGAGAACACGACUGGAUCGUGAAUAGGGAUAAGGACAAGUACAUGAUGAUAUUCAAUACACUUAAUCCCGUCGAUGGAAAAGUCACUGGAAUGACUGCCAAACAAGAGAUGGUCAAAUCCAAGCUUCCUAACACAGUACUUAGUAAAAUCUGGAAACUGGCCGACAUCGAUAAAGAUGGCAUGUUGGACGAGGACGAGUUCGCUUUGGCCAUGCAUUUGAUCAACAUCAAAACCGACGGUAACGAUUUACCAACCGAACUGCCAGUCCACCUGAUUCCCCCAUCUAAAAAGUAAAAAACGUAUUUCACAAGUGCUAUUUGUUAUUACUGUAUUUGUGCCUACAAGAAACACGUUCACAGUCGUCAACUGAAGGACCCCCGAAUCGCAAUAUUCCUGUAUUAUAUAUUUGCUUUGUUUGUGGCCACCAGACGAAGCUUUACUUAGUUAAAAGAAAAUUGUAUACCAAAAAUAGUUAUGUAUAUGAUAUUUUGGUGUCUCCUGUAUAUUCCCAAAAUUGUAUAAAAAAGUUUUUGGUUCGAUAUGUUUUAAUUUACGCAUCACAUGCAGAGCAGACGAUGGCGAAUGUUAUUUUAUUUAUCGGGUAAUUUGGGAAUAUGCAGUAUAACUGCAAUAUUAGUUAAUUUGUACCAAAAUUUAUUCAAACUGUUUUUAUAAAGACAUGUGAUAAAUCGUACAAGUGUAUAUUUGUAUUAUAUCAUUGUAGAUAAGUUUUUAAAUGGUACAUUUUCACUAGAUGUUAGGAAUGUAUUUUUAUAUAUUAUUUGUUAUGUAUUUUCCAUAUAUUUAUAUGCACCUGUAGUAUAUAAUUUAAAUAAAUUCAUAUCAUGUUCAUUUCAAUUUUACUAUUCGUUAAUUUAAUAAAAUAAUAAUAAAUUGA